ACGAGUACCACUCGAACUCGCUACGGUCUUCGUGGUCUCGGUACCGCCGAAGAAGAGAUCGCGCGCGGAUGUAGUCAAGUCAGUUCGUAUAAGUUGGAUUAACAAAAAAGAAAUAAUUACUUAGUGUUUGUGCAGUGAAGUGACGAGAUGGCUUCAUCAGGAAUAUUUGAUCUAUAAUAAUCUAGAGAUGGCCACCUCCCCUAUUUGGUUUCUCCUUUUUGGAGCGAUUUUCGGAGUCCUCUCCGCCUCUUUGAGUAAAACCUUACGCUACCAAGCUCCCGAUGAGUGUAAAUGGCUUGUGGUCGACUCCUCGUCUGAUGAGGAUGAUGUCGCUUUGGUUUGUAGACUUCGCACGAUCAACAGUGAACUGGAAAACACGAAUUUCAGUGUGAUUCAGCCACAGCAUACGGUCCGAUUGAGGCUCGAAUGCUCCGAUGCGUUAUUUUUCCAAAGUUCUUUGACCGCUGGCAGUUUCAAACCUCUGGUGGAAUUGAAGGAGUUGAGCAUUGAAUAUUGUAAAAUUGGAAACCUUUCGGAUGGGGCCUUUAAGGGUCUUAAGGAGCUGCGUAAUUUGACUGUUAAAACUCACAAUACGGAUUGGAGCGCCAUGAGCUUGGAUAUCUCUCCUCACGCUUUUUCUGAUGAGUUGCGCUUGCUGGAACGUUUGGAUCUUGGGGAGAAUAACAUGUGGAGUAUACCAGAAGGUGCUUUAUGUUCCCUAUACGCUUUAGAGGUGCUUAAUUUGACAAGAAACCGCAUACGGGAGGUAACAAGCUUUCAUUUCUCAAAUAGCUUUUCAGAGAAGUGCGGCACCAAUUUGAAAAUAUUAGAUUUUUCUAGGAAUAAUAUUGAUAGUCUUCCGUCCGGAGGGUUUUCUUCUUUGGCCCGACUGGAAAAGCUCUACUUGCAAGGUAAUGGGCUUAAUUUGGUUGCCGAUCGUGCCUUAGAAGGCUUGACCGCUCUUCACAUACUUAAGUUAUCUGAUAACCGCUUAGUGAAUCUACCUCCUGAACUAUUUAGUGACACACGUGAUAUCCGUGAGUUAUAUCUUCAAAAUAACUCGAUAAAUGUGUUGGCACCAGGACUGUUUAAUGAAUUAACCCAGUUGUUGGUGUUAGACUUGUCGCAUAAUGAACUGACAGCAGAAUGGGUUAACACGGUCACAUUUGCUGGAUUAGUGCGGUUGGUCGUUCUGGAUCUGAGUUUUAACAGGAUAACACGUCUGGAGCAAAGUGUCUUUCGCGACCUGUACAGUUUGCAAAUCCUGAGACUGAAUGAUAAUUUCAUAGAAAACAUUCCAGAAAAUACUUUUAGUGCUUUGUACAAUUUGCAUACGCUUAUAAUUUCCAAUAAUAAGCUCAGCAGGGUUGAGAGUGACAUGUUCAAUGGACUUUAUGUAUUAUCCCUAUUAAGCCUGGACAACAAUAAAAUAUCAUGGAUCCAUAGUGAGGCCCUAAAGAACUGCUCAAGCCUACAAGACUUACACCUCAACGGUAAUAAGUUGCAGCAAGUUCCAGACGUCAUAAGAAACGUCCCUAUGCUGAAAACCCUCGACCUAGGAGAGAACCACAUAGACUCAAUAAUAAAUGACAUAUUUAGCGACUUGAAGCACAUGUACGGCCUAAGGCUUACAGAAAAUAACAUAGGGAACAUAACAAAAGGGGUAUUUGACAAGAUGGCCUCGCUGAAAAUACUGAACCUCUCACGCAACAAAAUUCAGAAAGUGGCCCCGGGCAGUUUUGAUAAUAAUUUCAACUUGCAAGCCAUUCGUCUUGACGGGAAUUAUCUUACAGACAUCGAGGGCUUGUUUGCGAAAUUACCCAGUUUAGUGUGGCUCAAUAUUUCGGAUAAUAAGCUUAAAUGGUUCGAUUACGCUUUGAUCCCCACUGGAUUGCAGUGGCUGGAUAUCCAUUCAAACCAGAUCGAGGAGCUAGGAAAUUAUUUUGAAAUAGAGUCGACGUUGUCCUUGAGUACUUUUGAUGCUAGUUCAAAUAAAUUAACUGAAAUCACUGGGAGUGCUAUUCCGAAUAGUGUGGAGGUGCUUUAUUUGAAUGAUAACGAGAUAUCCAAGGUGCAGUCCUAUACGUUUUUUAAGAAGCCCAACUUGACUAGGGUGGAUUUGUUUGGGAAUAAGAUUACUAGUUUAGACCCGAAUGCCCUUAGGAUCUCUGCGGUGCCACCAGAGAAGGAGCUUCCAGAGUUCUUCAUAGGGGGCAACCCUUACAAGUGCGAUUGCACCAUGGAGUGGCUCCAGAAGGUGAAUAGUGUUAACAGGGCACGGACUCAACCGAAACUCGUUGAUUUAGAAAGUAUUUUUUGUCAACUGCUCUACAACAGGGGCACGACUUACGUCCCACUAGUAGAAGCUGCUCCAUAUCAGUUCCUAUGCACCUACGAGUCUCAUUGCUUCGCCUUAUGUCACUGUUGCGACUUUGACGCCUGCGAUUGCGAAAUGACUUGCCCUUUGAACUGUACAUGUUAUCACGACCAAUCUUGGAGUGCCAACGUGGUCGACUGCAGCUCCAGUGGGUACGUAACAACUUUGCCAGAGAAAAUCCCUAUGGAUGCCACCCAGUUGUAUAUUGAUGGCAACGACUUGAGGUCCUUAAACAGCCACGCCUUUAUUGGCAGGAAGAGGUUGAAGGUUUUGUUUCUUAAUAAUUCUAACAUUGACAGUAUCCAAAAUAGGACUUUCCAUGGCCUAAAGGAGUUGGAGACGUUGCAUUUGGAUGGCAAUCGUUUGACUGAGCUAAAGGGGUUUGAGUUCGAGGGCCUAGAGGAGCUGCGAGAGAUUUUCUUGCAAAAGAACCGCAUUGGCAAUGUGGAUAAGAAAUCUUUCAAAGGUUUAAGGCACUUGAAGGUUCUGCGGUUGGAUCACAAUCGUUUGAUCACUAUGGAUAUUUGGCAGCUGUCUAAUACGCUUAUCGAAGUGACUUUAGCGUACAAUCCGUGGAGUUGCGACUGUGACUUUACUGAAAAACUGCGCGAGUGGAUGAUACGCGGGGAUGCGGUGCGGGACAUGUCCAAGGUGCGUUGUCUUUUCAAUUCUUCUGAUAUAGACUAUUAUAGUGACGAGAUCUACUCUGCUACUCCUGAGUUAGGGUUCUUUGUGGCAAGCAACUACACUCCUUGCACUGGGGCGGCUAAUAUCGAUAAUAGUGUUAACGGAAAUCUGACCGCGACAAAAACAAUAAUCAAGAAGCAAGUGAUACAUGACUAUUUGCCACUUUUGGUGAUCACUUUGGUGGUUUUCGCGGUGGUGGUGAUGCUUAUCCUAAUCCUGUUCGUUUUCAGGCAAGAAAUGCGUGUAUGGUUACACUCAAAGUUCGGUAUAAGGGUGUUUCAACGGCCAAGUGACGUGGAACGCGAUGAACGUGAUAAGCUGUUCGAUGCGUUCGUGAGCUACAGCUCCAAAGACGAAGGGUGGGUCGCGGAGGUGCUAGCGCCAGCACUAGAACCUCAUUACAAGUUGUGUCUACACUAUCGGGACUAUCCGGUCGGUGCUUUUUUAGCGGACAGCAUAGUCCAAGCGGUCGAGUCGUCGAAACGGACUAUAAUGAUCUUAUCGGACAAUUUCAUUAAAUCUGAGUGGUGUCGGUUCGAGUUUAAGUCUGCGCAUCACCAAGUGCUGCGCGACCGUAGGCGCAGACUUAUAGUGAUCCUCUUAGGUGAAGUGCCCCAAAAAGACUUGGAUCCAGACAUUAGACUCUACUUGAAGACGAACUUUUACCUGCAAUGGGGCGAUAAACUGUUCUGGGAGAAACUCAGGUAUGCCUUGCCAGACGUUCCAAAUAACCAUAGACAUAGUUCAGUGAGAACGCCGCAUGUGCAUCAUCACGUUCAUAGGCAUAGCGGUAGGGGGCAGCCUCCUAACCCUCCAGGGGGACAGCAAGGGGGGGCUAGGACUGUCGCGAUACAUAUUUGACAGUAAUAAAAUUUAUUAGCUUAGGAAAUGUGAUAAUAAUAUUAUUAUUUCUUAGUGCAAUUCUCUUUAGACGACAUUUGUGAUAUUUUAGUCAACUCGGAUGAUAAGAUUCAGAAUGCUUGUGAUAAUUGGUAUGAACUUUGCAUAAUUUCUCUCUUUAAAGUUCCUUUUUUAUGUCUUAUGCAAGAAAGAAACACAUAUUGGUUAUUAGAGUUUCCGAGUAUAAAUAAUAUUGUAAACAUGUAAAUAUUUAUGUCGUAUUAUGUGCAGAUACAUUAACUAUUUGGCCUGUACAUAAUACUUAAGCAACGUAUAUAGUAAUUUAAAAGACUGUUUUUUGUAUAUAUAU